AUAAUUGAUGAUUCCCUCUAUGAAGAAGAUGAGGUGUUCAAUGUCACAUUAAGUAUGCCAAUGGGUGGCCAAGUAGGGGCUGAAUUCUCAAGUACCAAAGUAGUAAUUCUGGCAGAUAAAGAUGAUGAGCCUGCCUUCUACUUUGCUGACACUGAUUACCAUGUGGAUGAAAGUGCUGGUUAUGUGGACGUUCGAGUCUGGAGAACAGGAACAGAUCUCUCCAAAGCAGCCACUGUCACAGUACGCUCCAGAAAAACAGAGCCACUGUCUGCAGAUGCUGGUACAGACUAUGUUGGAAUAAGUAGAAACUUGGACUUUGCUCCUGGGGUG